AUGUCCAAUUCGAGUAAAGAGGAGCCGUCUCCGACUACGUUACCGUCGCUGCCGGAUGACGUGGCUCCAGUCUCGAGAUCGGAGCACGCGGUCUUAUCUCUCUUCUCCGAGAGUUGUGACAUUCCAAGAGUUAUAGCUCUCCAAAGUAAAAAUCAAAGACUUAAGGCGAUUUCCUUUUUGAAAGAGCCACCAUAUAAGAAGAGGAGGAAGGAGAAGCCGUCUUCUCCAUCGUAUCUUUUACCGCCGCUGUCAGAUGACGUUGCUCUGAGCUGCCUGGCUCAACUAACCAGAUUGGACUACGCGGCGUUUUCUCUCCUCUCCAAGACUCAUCGCUGUCUAGUGGCUUCCCCUGAGCUCUACAAGAUCCGAUCGCAGAUGGGCCGCACCGAAACAUACGUCUACGUAUGCUUACGAAUCCCUCCUGCCCCAAACCUACUCUGGUGUAUCCUCCGCCGUAGAAAAACCUCCUCCGACCUGAUCCCGAUCCCUUCCCCUUCCUUCCCGGUCCCCUCGGAAGGAUCCACCGUGGUGGCACUGGACUCGGCGGUCUAUGUUAUCGGUGGACUGAUAAAGGGAAGUCGAACUUCGGACGUCUCGCUCUUGGAUUGUCGGACUCACAGGUGGCGCCACGUCCCUUCCAUGAGCAGAGGAAGCCAUGCAAACAGAUCUCCAACAUGCUAUUCAUCAACGGCCGGAGGCUAA